AUGGCUCCUGCUAUGUACGAGAUACCCAAUGUGGCCGAAGACUUCAACGAUCACAAAGACGGCCUCGCGCUUGAAGCCACCUCCGACGCCAUCGAUGAAGUCAACGUCCUCAAAGCGGCCAUGCGUGUCAAGAACGGCACAGCCACACAAGCCGAAGUCGACAUCUACGAAGCCUCACAAUUCGAUGCAGAGAAAGACAAGACGCAAUUCCGGCAAUACGAAGACGCCUGCGACCGAGUCAAGAACUUCUACCGCGAACAACACACCAAGCAAACUGUCGCCUACAAUCUCAAAGCCCGUAACGACUUCCACUCCAAGACUCGCGCCCGCAUGACCAUCUGGCAAGCCAUGGAGAAACUCAACACCCUCAUCGACGAGUCCGACCCAGACACCUCCCUCUCCCAAAUCGAACACCUCCUCCAGUCCGCCGAGGCGAUCCGUCGCGACGGCAAGCCGCAAUGGUUCCAACUGACCGGUCUGAUCCACGACCUGGGCAAACUCCUCUUCUUCUACGACGCACGAGGACAAUGGGAUGUCGUGGGCGACACCUUCCCCGUCGGCUGUCGCUUCGACGAGUCCAUCAUCUACCCGGGCACAUUCCUCGAGAACCCCGACUCCCGCGAUUCCAUAUACACCACCGAGCACGGCAUCUACACGCCCGGCUGUGGCAUGGACAAUGUCAUGCUGUCCUGGGGUCACGACGAGUACCUCUACCACAUUUGCAAGGAGCAGAGCACCCUCCCCGAUGAAGCAUUGGCGAUGAUCCGAUACCAUUCGUUCUAUCCCUGGCACAGCGCCGGGGGGUACAGGUGGAUGAUGAACGACAAGGACGAGAAGAUGUUGGCGGCGGUCAAAGCGUUCAAUCCAUUCACCUCUUGCCCCAUCGAACAAUUCACAAUGGAGAGUAGACGUACUGCACAAGUAUAG